CGGCUGCAGCUUCUCUUGGAGGAAGAUCGCGAGCGCCGUCUCUCUCUUUCACUCCGCGUCAUGGAGCACUCGAGCAGCUGACGCUUCCUUCAACCUUCUCUUCUCUCGCGUGGACGCGCGUCCGUCUCAGUCUGAGCAUGAAGAUCAUCAUCGGGAUCGGAGGGGUGACGAACGGCGGGAAAACUACACUGACGGAGCGGCUGAUCAAGAACCUGCCCAACUGCUGUGUGGUCCACCAGGAUGAGUUCUUCAAGCCCCAAGAUGAGAUUGAAGUUGAUGAAGAUGGCUUUAAGCAGUACGAUGUCAUCAGCGCUCUGGACAUGGACGCCAUGAUGAGCACCAUCCUCGCCUGGCAGCAGAACCCCGUCAAGUUCGAACGAUCCCACGGCGUCAACAACUCGCUGGACGCGGAGAUCCUUCGGCACGCUCCGGACGAGGACGGCGGCGUUCACAUCCUGAUCGUGGAGGGGUUUCUGCUCUACACCUACGGACCUUUGAUCGAGGUUUUUGACCAACGAUACUUCAUUUCCAUUCCAUACGAAGAGUGCAAAAAGAGAAGGAGUUCAAGGAACUAUUCCGUGCCGGACCCCCCCGGUCUGUUCAACGGACACGUGUGGCCCAUGUAUGUCAAACACACUAAAAUCAUGGAAGACUCCGGGGUUGACGUCAUGAAACUUGACGGAACCAUGUCCAAGGAGCAGCUGUACAACAUUGUGUACGGACACAUUCUGAACAAUCUGCCCUGAACACAGAUCUGUUGACCGGCUUCUGCGCUUCAUGUCUACUCCGGCCCCGACAGCGUCUGCAUCGCUGCUGUUUUUAUAUCCUCUCUAUUUAUUGUUAAUCCAGCUGUUAUAAGGCUACGUCUAUAUCAACGUCAGGAUGGAGAAUGUUCUGAGCAUGCACAAGCAAAUAAAAAGAAGCUCCUGCGACA